AUGCAUCCGUUAAGCGUCAUUAAUCCACCAUAUUUUGCUCCUUAUCCAAUUGAUCUCACCUUCACUGUGAACGCACCUGGCUUUAAUGCUGACCAGGUGGUUGCCUUCGAUGUCUGUGGCAGAGCCAUCUUCAUGUCGAAGCCUUCGAAAUCCAGUGGCAAGAAAUUUCUCGUCGAUGCUAUAAGUGGCAGGCCUCUCUUCACGUUGAAAUCCAAGUCUUUGACCGCGCAUAAGCGAUGGCAAGUGUUCAAAGGUGAGAGCACGAACGCGAAGGAUCUCUUGUUCAGCAUCAAGCAGAGCUCAGCGUUCCAGUCGCGGAGAGAAUAUGAUAUGUUUUUCUUUACUAAUAAAAAGGAAAAAACGUGCGACUUCAAGAUCAAGGGAAGUAUUAGUAAGAAAAAAUGCACUGUAUAUCAAGGAGAGUCCUCUUUUAUUGUAGCUCAGAUGACCGAGGAGCACAGGAUUCCAGUAGGAGGGAAUACUUUCGGAGUGAAAAUCCAUCCUGGCGGUAUUGACGUUGCAUUUAUUGCCGCUUUUAUCGUAAUUCUUCACGAGGUUGAAAGAGAGGAUUCAGAAGGGAUUGAUGAGAUCUUGGAUGCGAUAGUUGAAUUUCUUGGUACAUAGGGAGUUCUUGAUAAAUUGUUCGUAAUUGUAGCAUGCAGACUUUUUUCAAUUUUCCUAAGCGCAUAGAACUGUGUUGUUGAUGGUUGUCCCUUCAUUAUUGUUGUUAUUUUUAUUACGGGUAUC